CGCAUGCGCACUCGUGCGGCGGCCUCUCGGAGCCAAGUUCAGUCUAAUCGGCGGCGGCGGAAGGAGGCGGCCAUGUAACCGAGGGGGGCAGGAGACGCGCCGCGCUGCGCACCCGGCCCUGAGACCGAGAGAGGCCGAGAGAGGCCGCUAGAGGCGAGCAUCGCGCGAGCGAGACGGCGGACGGCACGCAGGGCGGAAGAGCAAGAGAGACGGCGAGAGACAGGACCACCCGAGCACGGCCGAGCCGAGAGACAUGUGGAGAGACGCUGGUCGCCACUCGGACUCGGGGCGACCGAGCCCAUGCCACCGGGACGAGUCGUUCCCCUGACCCGCGCUCGAGCGAGCGCCACGGACGGACACUCGCGGCCAUCCUGGGAGACGCGCGGCCCACCGACCGAGAGCCGCUUCCUGGGGGAGACCGCGACAAGGACAGCGAGCACCAGGUAUGCCUGGGGAGAGGGCGAAAUCGUAGGCCUUCGGGACGGCCGAGGGGCGCCCGCUAUGGCGCACUGGAAGUCCUGACCCCUGGAUGCUUUGCACCCUCGACACCGGAGGAAUGCGCCUGGAUACUCUUCUUCAAAGUGCGGUGGAGCUGGAUGUCAUGGCGGAGGACGCACGGGAAACUUGGAUCGUCGCUGCGUGAUCGAAAGAAUUCCUGAAGAAGACUCGCUGGUGGGACUGCCAGUCGUGCUCGAGGAACUGGUGUAUCGAAGAUGCAGGUUGCCGAGGCUCGACACGUUCCAUGUGGGCUGGGUUACGGGGUAAUGUGAGACAGAGCGUAGGAAUCGCUUGGUGGUUUUUGUUGGGAGUAUAGGAUUACGGAGGGAUCGCGAGCAACAUGGAAUUGCUGGUGGAACUUGCGCCUCGAUGCACAAUGAUUGCGAUUGUCUGCUUUGGUGGAACGUAAGGUUCGCUUCGGAGUUGACGGAGUGCUCGUUCGGGACACGAUUGAAGAAGUGAGCGAACGAGCCAUCGAUGAAACUUGUGGGGAGAUUAGGUGUGCCAGUUGGGAUUAUGUGCUUCAAGGAAGUUGGACUUUUGGUGCGAAGGGUCGUGGUGGUUCAAAGUGAAUCCACAGGAACAAUGUUCUUAAAUAAUCCAGGUACUGUUUAAGGUAUUUGCGAAGGAGGUAAAGGUAUCUUUUGACUUAACGGAGGGAUGUCAUGGAAGGAGAGUGGAACCGUAGGUAUACGGCUGAAACUUAACGUCCAAAGUAACCCACCGAUAAAAGUGUAUUUUCGGUGAUCGAGAAGUCGAAGCAAGGAGAACGAGAUCACCGAAUAAUUUAACACUUGGCUGACAAUAAAUAAGAGUAACUCCAAAUGGUGAAGGACGUUGCUAACUAGGAUCAGGGUCCUGAGACAAAAAUAGCCCAAAAUAAUGGAGACUCUACUCCCAGGUGAUGCAAGCAAUCAAUCCUACAGUCCUCAACUGAAGACCGUUUUAAAGACAUAUCAGCUGUCUGCAGUGAAGAGCCUGCAGGGACCGAGCUCAGCCCUCUUGGGCAUGGACUGUAAGGGUUUGCUACAGGAACCAGCACCGUUUCACUUCUCUCCCCUUACUCGUCCAGGAGCUAUCUGCAAUGUUGACGGAGGUACUCCCACCGACCUUAUACCGUCGACCAAGGAAGUCGAUGACAGAGACUCUCCGACGAGCCUCCAGGUCCCGCUAUGCAGGGAUCGCAGAGUCGACAGGCCGCUCGAGGACUCCGACGACGACCCUCCUCAACCGCAGCGCCUGAAAGGCACCUGCGAAAAGCGCGAGCUGGAGUUUCAGAUUCCUAUCCUAACAGCUCCGGACCAGAGCUGCUCCGAGAGGUGCGAGACCGUCCUGGAGGGCGAGAGAAUAUCCUGCUUCGUCGUAGGAGGCGAAAGGCGGCUCUGUCUCCCGCAAAUCUUGAACACGGUCCUGCAGGACUUCUCCCUGCAACAGAUCAACCAAGUCUGCGACGAGCUGCAGAUCUACUGCUCCAGGUGCACCCGGGACCAGCUCGAAGAGCUGAAACUCUCGGGGAUCCUGCCGAGGAACGCACCUUCCUGCGGUCUCAUCACGCAGACCGACGCCGAACGGCUCGUCAGUGCUUUGCUCCUCAGGACCGAACCCUGCGAGCCGGUCGUCAUCCAGGAAAGGGGCGACUCGGACGCCAUCGAGAAGAAGAUACGCGCCAAGAAGGAGGACGAGGAGGAGUCCGUUACCAGGUUUAAGGUGUACCACGAAUGCUUCGGCAAGUGCAAGGGGAUGUUCGACGCGGACUUGUUCGGCACCGAGGACUCGGCUUGCAUCGAGUGCCUCGAGUGCGGAUGCCGGUUCUCCCCUCAGCGUUUCGUCAGGCACGCACAUCGGUCCCUGGAGAAUCGCACUUGCCAUUGGGGCUUCGACUCGGCCAACUGGAGGUCCUACUUGCUCCUGUGCAGAGAUCAACCACAUCACAACAAGGUGGCCGCGCUCUUCCGGGACCUGAAGGAGCGGCACCUGGUCCUCAACCCCAAGAGGAAACCGGAGCUGGGCCACGAGCCGGAGAAACUGACGAAGCGGAUAAAGAAGGACGUAGGCAGAGACGAAUGCCCCGGUGGGCUCUACAACGGCAACGGUCUCGGGAUGUACCACCCGGUAUCCCCGGCUGCAGGUGCAGGUGACCCGUACCUGCAAAUGCAGUGGGCAGUUUUAGAGCUGGCCGCGAGGGGAGCGUCCGCUUUCAGACCGUGGAGUGCCACGGGGUCUUGUAAACAUAGAGACAGAAAUGGUGUGCAAGAUGCGUGUAGAGGAAUAAUCCAAGCCUUCCGUGAAUCCCGUUGCAGUUCACCACUGGUGCCUGCGUAUCUCAGUCGAGGGCCUCCGGUGUUGCAGCACCCGGAGCGCGUGGUACCACUUUCGGAAUGCGAGCGCUUCGAGCCGCACUUCCAGCCAAACGUGGCCCUGGCUCCGAUCCCGGCGCCGUCGUUGCCACCGGUGGCACCACCCCUGGUGCACCACCGUCGACACCACCACGAGCGCCGUCGCCACAACCACCGUCCGGUCAGCCCAUCCGAGAAGCAGGAGUCUUCCCAAGUCAGCAUCAAGCUGGAGAAGCCUUCUUCCCCCGGGCCCGGGUCGGCGCCGGCUGGUUUCCAGACGUCGACGAAGGAGGAGCCCGAAGAGAGGAGGGAAUCCGAGGUCGUCGCGGGAAAGGAGACCGAAGAGGAAGAGGAGAGCAGUGCUGCGGUGACGUCGUCUACGGUCACUGUGGAGGAGCCGACGUUGCCGGUAGACGCGAGGACGUCGUCGCCAGGGAGCGACUCGGACUCGGACGGGACGGCAGCGGUCGACCUGGAGGAACGGUUGAUAGCCCUUGACGUCCCCCAGGACGUCUUGGCCUUGGCCAGGCGCGUAAUCACGGAGAACGCCCGCUUAAGGCGCCACCGGCGGAGCGACGCCAGGGAGAUCUCCAGGUUACGCGGCCAGCUGCAAGUGCAGCAGAUGCAACAGAUACAGGAAAUGCAGCAGGACGAGUCGGUGGAAGCGAAGAAGCCUCCGACGAACGACAGUCUCGCGGACAGCACCGAGAACACGGAGGAAUCCGAGCCGCCGAAGCCCUCGGAAAAUGAGAAAGAAGCCGAGGCCCCUGUGAGCAUGGCCAGUGACUAGAGUCCCGUUUAAUCUGGGCGAACGGACGAAAGGCCGUUAGAGUUUGUUCGGGAUAUUCGCUACUGGUCUGGGAUUGAGUUUGAAUCGGCGAUAAAUGCGGAUAGCGACCAGUUGGACCAACUGUUCGUUGACUUAGGACGUUCUCUUGCAUGUUGCUUGAAGAGGCUCCCAUUCGACAACGAAGAUGAACCCGAUCCACCCGUGAGCCUAGCUAGUAGCCACAAGGAUCCCGUCUUCAGGCGAUGGGACUGCUUAGGUACCACCCUGACUUUUGCCACGGGUGGAUUCGGCUACUUGUCGGAACCAACACCUGAAGUCGACUCGGCUGGGGAAAUCCUACCGGAUAAUUUCUUAGAACUCGGGACGCGUAUUCUCCGACAACGAUUACGAUAACCCGAUCCACCCGUGAGAUUAGCCAGUAGCGUUAGGACUCCGUCGAUCUCGUCCUGAUGGCGAGACGCUGCUCAGUAAUCACCACGACGAUCCGGCUCUUGCGAGGAUGCUAAUCAUUGGGAUGGAAUUAACGCUAAUUGUUGGCACGAUAAUUGUUCAUCCACCUACCUUAUCUCCAGUUGACGCUAUCCUUAAGAGUAGUGGGACGGUGGACGAGCAACGUCUUAUGUCGGGCUCGUUUCAUUGAAUCGGUCUCGAUUUAUCUCGCUCUUUCAUAUUUCUCUUGGUAUCGAGAAACCCGCUAACGAACAGAAACUCCUCUUUUCCCUUUCAUUUUGCAUGCGAUUCUGAAGUCGACCUCUCGCAGCUUCCUCGCACUAACCGGACGGACGUGGACUGAAUUUAGCGGUAGGGAGUACGUGCGAUUACGGUAUAUAUAUAAAUAUAUAAAUAUAUACAUAUAAAACGAUUCUAAAUAACGUGAAGUAUAAGCGGCGAAACUCUCUUGGUUAUGUGAUAUACGAAGAGCCUUUAACGUUAUUACUGAUGUUCAUUUCCGGGGUCUCCUUAACCGAAUUGGAGACUCGACCGGCGGUUCCGUUUACGACCGAGUGUAGAUACUUGUAUUAUAUGAAAGAAAGUAAUUAGGUUUAAACGAGUACGAGAGGUACGGGAGGAACUCGCCACGCCAAUAACGAUAUAUAAACAUUUAACAAUGAUUAAGGGUGAGCCGCCGCUAUUGUGUAUAUUAAAUAUAUGCAGCGGCUGGGGCGGGAGGAUGGUUUCGUUUUCUUUUUGGUUUCUUGUAUUAUUUUUUUUUUUCCGUUUUUUUUUUCCUCUCUCUCUGAACCUCGUAAGUUUGAGGUCGAGUCAGAAAGUAGGACGAAGACUAGGUUGCUUUUUCCAUUAACCCCACCCCGUAAUCAUGUCCGAAUCGCAUACCUGUACAUACAUUCUCUCGUCAUAGCUGUACGUUAAUAUCGAUAAGGAUCUAUUAUUACGCGAAUUAUUGCAAAAAGUACAAAAACCCUAGGUGCUAUGUUGUUACGCUAGGUGUCGAGCGAGCACGAGCACGGCUCGCGUAUGAGCAUCGAAUGAGGUCUGUUGCUCGAGUAGAGAAAUUGAGAUUGUCACACGAAUUGACAUCGGUGUGCUGUGUCGGUUUACCAUACACAAGAGAUAGAGUUCAGUCCUCCGACGGCGAAAAUAUGAACAUUAAGGGGAUGCGAAAGUAGCAUCAUGAAGCUUCUCUCCGAACUUGGCGUACCGAAUCGUAUCAAAUUUUGCAACAUGAACAUGGACGCUCUAAGAAAGGCCUUGACACCCGUGAAAUUUUACUCUUUGUGAAACAUUUGUAAAAUGGACAAAAUUCUAAAAGAAAAAAAAUAUUCAAGUUUCAUCGGUGUCAAGACCUUCCUCGUAGCCUCCGUAUUCACGGUGUAAAGUUUGAAACGAUUCGGUACAUCCAGCUCGGAGAAGUUUCAUAAACAAGACUUCAUUGACGCCACUUUCACACCGCCUUAAAUCCGCAAGAUCAGUCUCGGCAGAGCGAUACACAGAUACUCUCGCGCCGAACCUUUGUACAAUGAUUUGCAAGCGGAAACGUUUAAACAUUGUCGAUGGCGAAUUUGAAGGAUUGUUCGUUUACAACUUUGCCAGAGAGGGGUUCUAGAGUCACGGUUCGAGGAUGACUUAACGUUAAGUCCUUACGAACGGGUUAUUUCUGAGCGACCUUAAACCCCAGACGAGUUUCAGAUUUAACCCAAGGGGCUGUAAAGUUGUAAACGAACGUCGUCUCAGCUUUACGACCUGCGAUUCCUAUAAUCUGCUCUUGUUUUUCGCAUGAAUCGGCUGAGUUCACGGCAUUAUCAUGGGGGAUAAGAACUAAACGUUCGCCAGAGCAAUGAUUGGUGACGAGCGGCAGCAUGGCGAUACGCUCAGGGGGGGCGGAUAAAUGGGAAGGUGUAUUUAUAAUUCUGCAAAUCGGUCGUCGAGAGUUCUCAUGCAUUCCUGUCGGUAUAUAAAUUUACGCUCAAUGUCUUUCUUCUAAUGUUCUCUUUUUUUCUUCUUCUUUUCUUAUUUUCUUCUCGAGGGAGGGAUGGGGGAAGCGAAAAGUGAUAUUUUUCAAGUAUAUACGUAGGUCCCAAUUUUAUCGCACCUCAAGCAGUGCGUGAGGUGCGAUAAAAAAAAAUUUUGCGGUGAAAAAGAAAUUUGUUUUUCUUUUAUUUUUCAUUUUCACGGUAACUAAUUACGUCCUGCGUCCAUUCCUGGAUGAAUGGAGCGCGGGCGGGGUAGGCAUAUUUUUUUUCCCCUUUUUUUUUCGGCUUUUCGAUUAGUCCUUAAGUUCGUCCCAAUGUGAUAUGAUUGUGUAUAUCGUUUCGUCUAAAGUUUAAUUGUAAAAUUCGUGAUCACCAAUCGUUGCUGUGGCCCAACAGGCAGGACCUGAGCGGAAUGUUAAUUAACCGUGGGAAAUCGAAUCAGAAGAUAUAAGGCGAACCGUGUUCGGUAAUGGCGACCUGGAGGGCGAUCGUUGAAAGGAACGAACAUAGGAGAAAAGCCUCAUUCUACCCUUUAUCGAGUCAAACCGUACUAAUCUAUAUUAGCUGGCACGAUACAUACUAGUAAUAACGAUUAUUCUUAGACCUCGUAAGUCGUACGUAAUUGAUAAUUCGCAUCGUGGUAUAAAAAAGAAAAGAAAAAAAAGAACAGAAGGCGGCGUUAAAAAGCGAUGCGUAGAGACUGCUUCGAAGAUCUCUCGGCGAUCGUUUGGGCCUUCAAAAAGCGAGACUUUUAGACUAUUGUAUACCACAUCGGCACCGAGGUUGCUCCCUUGCGACUAAAGUGACCUUCCCUUUCCUCGAUACAGAGGGACGUUCAGUUUGACGCCAUCUUUGAACCCUUUUCUGGCACUCUGAGGACCGCCGUAUCUCUUAUCAGAGCCUAGGCAUCAUGAAUGGGGGUAGAUACUCCUUUAAGGGGGUUGGAAAAUUGUGCAAAGCGUUUUAAUCGAGGCUAGUUUAAAAGAGAAUGAAAAUGGUUUAUAGGGAAAUAUUUGCUUACGGGGCUGUUUUAUUUUUUAAAUGUUUUACCGGGAAUUUUAAAUGCCGAAAGCUCUCUUGCAUGUCUCUCAAAUUGGCUUGAUUUAAACGUCAACUAUAAUUGCCCCGUAAAGAAAUGCUUCGUUCUCCGUUAAAACCCAUUUUAAUUUAAUUUCGAUUGAAUUAAUGUUAAAAUGCAUUUUUACAGUGUCCUAACCCCUCUUAAUGUUUUUACAUAGACACAAAUCACUCGGACUUACAAGUGGACUUUUAGUUGGCCCUUUUACGCUAAUUUUAAAGCUUUUAACGUGAAAUUAGACAGGAUUACUUUUUCUUCCGGAAAGAAAGAAAUAAUCGGAAUGAGUGCAUUUAGCGACGAGGUGAUUGUUUAUCAGAGGAUAGGAAUUGCUCUCUUGAGAGGAUAAACUGAUUAUCCGUGAUUAUGGAGGAUCGCGAUUGUUAUCACUUUAGAUGAUAUGGAUAUUAUCCGUCUAGAUGAAGCGGUUCCAGAGGUGCCGGGAAAACGGUUCGAAAAUUCUCUUUGCACUACGUCAUAAUUAUUUAAAACGUACGAGAGCCCCGAAGGUGUGAUAUUUUACUCGAUAUAAUUUGCAGCAUAAUAUUACCGGGAUACCGUAUAAAACUGGUACCACGUUAAAAAAACAAAAACACGUUUCCCCAAAUUCAAGUCUAGGUACUUCGGUUAACUAAUUUUCUUUUUCUUCUUUUUUUUCUUCGUUUCAUACGCGCAUAAUUUUUAAACCUAUCCGAACUAUUCCUCACGACGAGACCUAAAUAAAAUCUCUCCUCUUUCGUUACGAAGGGAAAGCUUUUAGCUCGAAACGGAUUCGUUGCGUUCUCGUUAGACGUUAAAUUGCGACAAAUCGCCCAUUUAUUUCCUCGUAGAUCGGAUACGAGUUAAUGAAGAUUAAUGUGAAGAAAAAGAAGAAGAGAGAAAAAAAACGAAAGAUCGGAAGCACGGAAAUAUAUAUAUAUAUAUAUACAUAUAUUAUAUUUACAGUGACUACAGAUAAAAUGUAAAGGUAAAUAAAAAAAAAAGAAAGAAAGAUACAAGAAAAGCCUUCAAAGCAAAGCGUCUUCGGAAAGCCGAUAUCUUCGCGGUACCUUUUUUUACCGACAAAAGCCGAGACACGCCGCCUUUCUUCCGGAAUUGGAUGUUAAACCGGAAACGAAGGAAUUCUUUUCGCGGUGGUCUGCUAAAUCGCGCGGAUAAGUCCCGAUGCCGAAUGAAGGAGCAUCUUAGAUUUAAUCUGUAGCCACUGCCAUCGGUCUGCCUGCGCAGCAGUUUAGGCGUAAUUUUAAAUUGUUAACGUGGCAUCGAUUCAAUGUGAUCCGCUCACGCUCAAGGCAGUACAAACGAUGUUACGGGAUUAAUAAUAAAAAGGAAGAAAAUGGGAAAGUGGAGAGAGAGAGAAAGAGAGAGGAAGUACUUAGGAGAUUCCCUUUCGUCUCGCGAACCUGAAGGAACGGGCAGAUUUUCAAAGCAAUCUAGUAGAGAACUGGACAUUACGAUUAAAGGUAUAACAUAGAGACCGUUCAAUCAUUACUAUUAUGUUCCACGUAACGGACACCUACACACUCGUGCGCCCGUGGAAAUGGCGCACGAUGGGUUAAAUAAUAUUACAGUACCGUAAGGACUCCCACCUAAGGUAAUGAAACAAAAGAACAAAAAAAAGUAAAAGGAACAUUAAAUAAACAGUGUAAUAGUCUACGUUUUUCAUACACACUCACUUAUUAUAUUUACCUAGCAUACGAGCUACAAUAAUACAUAAUAUGUAUCUUUGCGUACCGGCCCGAUCUUCGGAGGACGAAUUUGUCUACGCGGAAGCGAUUCAUGUCUCGGACGUGCGCCUGUCCGGGAUGUAUCUUGGUUUCGAACAAGAAUGUAUUACCGAAUAAAUACGAUACUUGUGA